CUGGGUUUUCACUCUGUGAGUGACUAUUUCCUGUCUCCGGAAAAAAUAACUGCUCACAGGCUUACAAAGACUAAACAGGUUAUUUGACGCCCAGAUUUUCUGCUCUUGCUUGCUACAUGAUGUCAAGAGUCACUGUGGUGAAGAAAUAACAUGGGGAACAAGUGCUGUGCCACCACGAGGGAUAAGGAAGUGACAAAAGGAAUCCGUAAAACUGAUAAAAGGAAUGACGACUCUGACAAAGAGAAACAAGGAGACACUUCCUCAGCUGCACAGCCAACGCAUUUAGAGGACGUGAAAGAUGAAACGCAAACAUUGAUGGGAGAGGCUUUAUCUAGUCAAGCAGAACAGAUGUCUUUUGAGACAAGGGACUCUACUGAGAACUUUAUCAGUUUGGCAAAUGAUACAUCUCAUGAACUUCCCAAUCCAAGCUCAUCCAAACUUGUAUCAGCUGAGGAGAAAGCAACUUGGGUGGACAGUAACAUGCCGGAGCUUAUUCAGAGUGUAGUUCCAGUGAUGACCAUAGCUGACCAGAUUCUCAAGUUGAAGAUAAUCCACCAGGAGACGUAUGACCAAAUCGAAGCCUCCUCUGUGAACCAGGAUCGAAUGAGAAAACUCUUUAGAGCACUUAAUUAUCCAAAGGCAAAAGCAGCUUUCUACGAUAUCCUUGGAAAAAUUCAACCUGAGACUUGUGAAACUGAAGAUAUCAUUAAAGACGUCAUCAAAAAUAACAAAGAAUACUUGAGAAAAAAGUGCGCAUGGGAGUUGGAAGGCACCGAAAAAGAUAAUAAAGAAAUAAAAUUAUUGGAUCAGAUUUAUACGGAGCUUCACAUUGUUCAAGGAGAAAAUGAACAUGUCAAUAAGCAGCAUGAGAUUUGGGAGAUUGAAGACAAGUAUAGAACUCAAGCAACAGAAGGAAUUAAGAUAAACUGCAACAAUAUCUUUCAAAGCACACCAGAAAUGAGAGCUAUUAGAACAGUGAUGACCAAGGGGAUUGCUGGAAUCGGUAAAACUGUGUCUGUAAAAAAAUUCAUUCUUGACUGGGCAGACGGAAAAGCAAAUCCAGACCUGGACUUCAUCUUCAUGAUUCCAUUCAGGGAGCUUAAUUUGGUCAAAGACGAUGAGUUCAGCCUUGAGACUCUUGUUAAAGAAUUUCAUCCUGUACUCAAGAACAUAGCAGUUGCUAAAAAUGUUGCUAAUUACAAAGUUUUGUUCAUUUUUGAUGGCCUUGAUGAAAGUCAGCUUAAACUGAACUUUCAAACAACUAAAAGAUUGACAGACCCAACAAAGGAAUCAUCUGUAGACAUCCUGGUGACUAAUCUCAUUAGGGAACAUCUUCUGCCCUCUGCGCUUGUCUGGAUAACUUCAAGACCAGGAGCUGUUCAGCGCAUCCCCAAAGAAUAUGUCUAUCAAUGGACAGAAGUCAGAGGUUUCGAUGAUCCACAGAAAAUACAGUACUUCAGGAAUAGAGUUCAGAACACAAUGGUCGCUGAAAAAAUAAUUGAUCAUAUUAAGAACUCACGGAGCUUAUUUAUCAUGUGUCACAUACCCAUCUUCUGUUGGAUUGCCUCAAAGGUUUUUGAGUACUUGCUUUUAAAAAUGGAAAGCAGUCGAGAGAAAACCACUAAGAUACCCACAACUCUUAUUGAAAUGUACACACACUUCUUUUGUAUUCAGAUAAGGAUCGCUGUUGAGAAAUACGACAAGGAAAACGAGUUAGAGAUCACUGAAAUCUUCAGAUUGAAUGAAGAUUUCAUCUUCAAACUGGGCAGAAUGGCAUUUGAAAAACUGAACAAAGGGGAAAUUAUAUUCAGCAGUGAUGAUCUAAAAAGUUAUGGCAUUGACACAAAGAAAGCUGGAGUCGACUGUGGGUUGUGUACCACAAUAUUCAAGGAAGAGAGCAUCUUUCACUCAAAGAAGCUUUACUGCUUUGUGCAUUUGACAAUUCAGGAGUACUUUGCUGCUCUCUUUGUGUACAGGAGUUUUGCAAGUAAAACAAUUGACUCUCAAAGCCUCAGAGAUUUCCUUCUGAUAGGAUCUGAGGACGAGCUGAAGACAAUCUUGGAUGUUCACCCAGUUGAUCUCCCUUUGGAUGAGCUAAUGGAAAUUUCAAUAGCUAAUUCAACUUCGAGAAAGACAGGAGAACUGGACAUGUUUCUUAGGUUCCUCAUUGGCAUGUCCUUAGAGUCGACACAAAAGCAGCUUCAAGGGCUCAUUCAGCAAACAGAGGACCACUCUGAAGUUGUUGAGAAGAUCAGGACAAGUAUAACAGAAAUUGAUCUUUUGGACUGCUCUCCAGACAGGUGUUUGAACCUUGUUCACUGUAUGACUGAACUGAAAGAUGAUUCCCUGUACGACAGCGUGAGACAGUUUCUGAAUCCAAAUCAGUACCCAGAAACACAGCUCACCCCUGUUCAGUGUUCAGCUUUGGCUGACUUAAUGCUAAUGUCAGCUACACCUAUUGAGGAAUUUGACCUGGCGAAAUACACAACAAAAGUAAAGGGCAUUUUCAGGAUUGUCCCAGCUGUGAGAAACUGUAGAAAGGCCAGAAUAUCAGGUGCAGAUCUUGACCUCUGGAUUUGUGAAACUAUUUCUUCGGCUCUGUGGAGUCCACGCUCUCCACUAACUGAACUACAUCUUGUACAUAAUACUUUUAAUGAUAAAGGUAUUACUGUACUGAUUGAUGGACUGAAAAACUCUCCAUGUAAACUGGAGGCUCUCAGUCUUUCAGGAAACGGACACUCAAUGUCAGUGGCAGAAGAGUUGGCCUCGGCUGUAACAUCAGUAAUCUCCAACAUAAGAGAACUGGAACUGAGUGAAAACGUGCUGGGAAAAUCACUACUGCCGGUGAUCUCUGAGGCGCUUCAGUGCCAGAAAUUGGAGAAGCUCAGGAUAAGGCUGAACAGAAAUGAGAUUAGAGAAAUCUGCAAUGAGAUAGGGAAGGCAUUCACAACCAACUCGACAAAUCUGAGAGAACUAGAACUGAAUUACCUCAAUUUUGCCGACUCAGAACUUGAGAUCCUAUCAUCGUCAUUGAUGAGCACAAGCUGUGCACUGGAGACCCUGAGACUCAGUCACAACAAGUUUACUGCGAGAGGUUGUGAGACCCUGGCUUUGGCACUCAGUUCCAGACCUACACCUUUAAGAGAGCUGGACUUGAGCUACAAUGACCUGCAUGAUUCUGGAGUAGAGAAACUCUGUAGCGCACUGACAAGUUCACAUUGUGGUUUAGAGACAUUAAGGCUGUCUUUCUGUAAAGUGACAGAAGAUGGAUGUUCCUCCCUGGCAAAGGCUCUGAUGUCUGACUGCUGCAACCUCAGGGAGUUGGACCUAAGCUUUAAUCACCUGACAAAUCAAGGAAUCAAAACCCUGACUGAGAAACAAAGAGAUUCACACUGCAGCCUAGAAAAUCUUAAUGUGGACCAUAAUGAAGAAUGCUGGGUUAACCAUAAACUACUGCGAAGAUAUGCCUGUGAUCUGACGCUGGAUGAAAACACUGCAGGGCGAAGAAUCACUUUGACGCAAGACAAUAAACAAGCACAUUUUGAUCAAGAGAAGCAACAUUAUCCUGAUCAUCCAGACAGAUUUGAUUUGCAACAGGUUCUUUGUAAAGAGGGUCUGACAGAGCGCCAUUACUGGGAGGUUGAGUUUCACAGUUUGGCAGACGGUGAGGUGGGAGUGGCAUACAAAAGUAUCGCCCGGAGUGGAGACAGUAGUAGUGAGUUUUCUUUAGGAAGGAAUGAGAAAUCUUGGUCCUGGUCCACAGAUGGAACUUUUUGGCACAAUGAUCCCACUGAAUGGAUUUUGACUGAGUUUAAAACACGGAACCUUGGAGUGUAUUUGGACUGGCCAGCAGGUAUUUUGUCCUUCUUUGAAGUGUCUCCAGAUGAAUUGACUCACCUGCACACAGUAUGCACAACUUUUACUGAACCACUCUAUCCUGGUUUUGGUUUAACUUACGGAUCGAUGUACAUAAAAAAAAUAGAAAUGGAGUAAAGAAUGGACAUUUGACUAAAUAAGGUUGCUGUGAGGCAUAGACAAUGCAUGAAACAGCGUAGCACAAGAAUGCUUUUAUUCAGUUUCUAUAAAGGGAAAGUUUUUCUGCUUUGCCCCAAAGCCUCAGCUUUCUAAAUAUUGUGUGCUGUUUAAACACAUUUCCAUGUAUUAAUAUUUAAUUUGUUGAAAUGUGCUGAGCUAAGAUGACCCUGACUGUGCUCAGUGCAUUGUGUGUAUAAGGUUAAUAAAUAAUAACAAAUUCAUGUUGUGGGUUUAAACUGCCUCCUUAAGUCGGUUACGCCUCAAUGCAAAAUUUGAUUGCGGUCAUUUUACUUCUUUAAUUUUCAUUUUUUGCUAAAAAAUGAUUGCUUUUCUUAUUUAAAUGAACAAUUAUCUCACCGUCUCAGGAUAAGUUUCUUUUUUUUCCCUGUCAUAGCAGUUUCAUUGCCUGGGGGAAUUGCUUAGUUUUUUCAGCUCACAAAGUGACAAAUAGACUCAAUUGAGAAAAAAAACUCAGUUUUUCUCAUUAAUUCAGUUCAAUGCAUCUGCAUCUCUUUGUUGCAGCCUGGUUGAUCUUUGUUUCCUCUUUUGCAGUGAUGUCUGUGGUUGUUCAAUUAAGCAGGAAAUACUGGUGCACUCAUUCAAUUCAGAAAAACAGCAUCUGUACAAAACCUUAAAAUGAUAAAAUUCUCAAAAAAUAUUACAGUACCUGCCUUUCAUCAGUCUAACAUUACAAAUUCAAGAAUAUGACGUAUUUGAAAUGUUUGAAAACAAAAAAUUGUGAUAUAUCCCAAGAAAGAAUCUAAAUGAGUUAAUCUCACUUUAUCAUGAGGUUAGGUCGAUUUAAUAAUAGGAAGACACCAAUACACAACUCUGUGCUAUAAAGCCCAUGGAAAAUGUUUCCUGUAUACAACAAAGGCUCUGUAUUCAAACGAGAAUUAAGGAGUCCAGCAUAGGGAUACCGAUUAAACCGAACAGACAAAACAAAAAGCAACAAAACCCCCCUGAUUUUUAAACCAUUGUUACUUUAUGACCUCUGAAACAAAGCUUUUUCUCUAAAGCAAUUAUCAUAAAAUUACAGAUUGUUUUUGUUUAUUUCAAAAUAACUAAAAUAUGUAUAUUUUCUUGAUGUUAAGUGCAUUGUUUUUUCUUUUGUUUGUUUAAUGGUAAAGUUUAAAAUAAUGUGUUUUUAUUAUCAGAGGUUUUACAAGGAAAAUUACAAAGGGAUUUUUAACUUUUGGACUGAGAUAAUAUAUAUGGUACAAUAACAUACCCAAGCUAUGUCAGUAUCUAAAUCCAUCGUAGUAUGUAUGCUUGUUCAGUCAUUCCUGUUGGAGUUAUUUACCUUUUUUUUAAAAAAAAAACUAAAUCUGUGAAACAUAUAAACUUGUUUUAGUUGAGAGGAAUUUUGUUUUGACAUUUUAUCUUGUAUAGUAUAGAUGAUGGUAACUUGAGGUCCAAAAAUCUUGCAUCUCAAUUAUUUAUGAAGUUUAGAAGUUGCAGCAUAUGUGAUGAAAUACUGUACAAGUGUUGUGAGAUCUGAACCCGCAUUUGAAAAUCUUCUGUGUUCACUUAACAAAGUCAAACUGACCUUCACAGUUGAGAGAGGAAAAAAUAAAUGAAAUUGGUGAAAAUUGAAAAAACUUUAA